AUGCACAGCCUCUCACGCCGCUUCAGUGCUGCCAUCCUCUUCUUGGUCCUGUGCCUGCAGCUGGGAAUCAGCAAGGCUCAGGAUAGCACAAAUACUCGAAAAGCACUUUUAUUUUAUUUAGAUGUUCCAAAAUCUGCAAGGUCAGGUGAAGAAGUCACUGUGAAACUUGGACUUGAGACAGAAUAUAGAGAAUGCUUAGUGGUCAAAGCUUACCUUGUCAGUCCUAAACCAAUGGAAGGUAACUUUAGCUUUAACCAAACCCGCUGCCUCUGUAAUGAUUAUCGAGUAACCUUCUACUGGGACUUUCCAGUCCACGAAACUACCAAUUUUGCAAUAGUUGUUGAAAUUAUUAAGGAGAAAAACAUCUGUCCUGAAGAUGUGGCUGUGGUGCCCAUUAGUGGAAGCAUGUAUCACACUUUCCGUGUUGUGUAUGUGAUCUAA